GUCGCCGCUGUUGUCGUCGCUGUCGCUGCCGCUGCGGUCGAGCUCCGGGGCCCUCAGCUCCGCUGGGCAAUAACGUUAUUCCACACACGCCCCACACAUAGCGGUAACGGCAAAGAGCGGCUACGUAGUGCGCAGGCGCCUCGGGAAAUGGCGAGGAGCCGGACCCUAUCCCCUCCUCCUGCCCAGUUCCAACGAUCCCUUACUGCGCAGGCGCCAGACACAGACAAUGAAAAGGGAUUGUGCGAGGGUCUCACCCACUCGCUUUUCCAGCUUGGCCACUGCGCAGGCGUGCCCCGAAAGACCAGCUUGAACAAUGAAGAGGACCUUGGCGUUAGGUGGGACCGCAACCAACCAGGACUACAGUUCCCAGCGGGCAGAGCGCCAACUCCAAGUGGAGGUCUGGUUGCUGGGCAUGCUAGGAGUUGUAGUGUCGGUCGCCUUUACAAUCUAGGCUGUUUGGAAGAUUUAGAGUUUCUAUUUCUUGAGGAUUUAUUCGACCAUUUUGAAAAAUAUCGCAACCGAAGCAGGGUUCAGAGCUUACUAUCUGCGUCCUUGAGUAGACUUAGGGAUCAACUGCUGCAUGUUAGCAAAUUUCCAAGCGUCAAGGCCUUCAGAGAGCCCUUUCUGACAUUUGGGUGGUCCAGGCAGCUGAAGGAUGGGAUGGAGGCGGGACUAAACCAGGCUGGGCUGGAGGAAAUGGGCGGGGCCUGGAAACCUGUCUCUUGGCAACAGGCUCUGGCCGCCAAACCGUCCAAGCUAGCGCCCGUGGCGCGGUGGUCUCUGGGAAUUGUAGUGUAGCUGGAAGGCUCUCAGAAUUGUCAAGCUUGCAGGCUCUGCACCUGAGGACUACAACUCCCGACGUCCACCGGGAGGGCCCGUGGGUGGGAAUAGCCCCCAAGAGCUCCGUGCGGGAUUCUAGGCUCCCCUGUGACAGCCGCGGCAGGAAGCGGGCGGGCGCUCCCCGGCCACCGGCCUGUUGUUCUCGGAAGCGAGAAAGCUGGACAUUUCCCCCCGUAACUCCCAGCUCUGAGCCUAGAGUGUGAAUGGCGAAGUCCCCGGAGAACUCUACCCUGGAGGAGAUUCUGGGGCAGUAUCAACGGAGUCUCCGGGGUGAGUUGCUCCAAACCUGUGUUCCUAGUCCCGAGAUGCCCGGGGCCUAGUGGGCGGGAGCAGACCAGGUGCGUUUCCUAACACCUGUGUUCUGCCCCAGCUAGGCUACAGAGGAGCAAGAUGGGUGUUGCUGUGAUCUUUUGAGGAGGAUGAAAUAGUUUGAGUUUGUUUUUACAGUUAAGCAACGUUGUUUCCUUAGAUUCCCGUAGUUACCUGAACCAACUCCUUGAUCUUAACUUGGGCAUGUUUCUCAACCAGCGACGGCAGAAACUCUUGGAUGCCACUUUUGCCCAGUUCCCAUACUUUGCUGUUUAAUCCAAUAAAAGUCAUAUUCACAGUUUUUACACAUUUAAA